AUGAAUUAAAUAAAUAUCAAUGGCAAAGCAUACAUGAUUCUCUAGGGGAUUGGUCAAGGAAGUUUUGGUACAGUUGUUAAAGCUCAAGAUUUAUCAAAUAAUCAAAUAGUAGCAAUAAAAAUACAAAAUAAAAUAAAUAACAAUGAAUUAUUGUUAAUAAAUAAAUUCUUGGGAAGAAAUUUCAAAAAUCUUGUAAAUAUAUUUGAUUUUGAAAUUUAAUAAAAUAGAAUUUUUAUUGUAAUGGAACUAGGCUUAUAAUCAUUAUAAGAUAAAAUUUCUAUAUCAAAGAUUUAACUCAAAGAGGUUAGAUAUUUAAUGAAGCAAAUUGCAAAUGGAAUAGAUGAGUUGCACUCUUUAAAUAUUGCUCAUAGAGAUUUGAAACCAGAAAAUAUACUCAUCUUUACAAAAUAAGAUUAAGAUAAAACCUAAGAAAUAUACAAAAUUUGCGAUUUUGGUACUUCAAAAGAUUAUACAAAUAUUUAAACACCAUAUAUAGGAACACCAUAUUAUUUAGCUCCAGAACAAUUAGCCUUAUAUAACAAUAAUCAACCUUAAGAAUAUAAAGAAUCUGUAGAUAUUUGGGCAUUUGGAGCUCUAAUGUUUGAAUUAUUUACUGGUUCACCUCUCUUUAAUGGUAAAUUUAUAAAUCUAAAUCAGGAUCAAGUGUGCAAGAUAUUUAUUUUUAAAUUAAAACUCUUUAAAUAGAAAAAUAAUUACAAAAGCUCCAAUUGGAAGAUGAAUAUAAAUAAUUGAUAUUAAAAAUGCUCUAAAGAGAUCCAUAGUAAAGGAUAUCUAUCAAAGAAAUAAAAAAUAAAUUAUCUAAAAUAAAUAAUUAACAAAUUUUUAAAAUACCUCCUUCAAAAAAUAUUUAAAGAGCAAUGCUUUUCAAUCGUUAAAAUCAAUAAUAAAAUUAUAAACCUAUUAUGUAAGAAAUACCUACAAAAUUAUCACAAGAUAAAUAAAUAAACUAUUUUCAAAAUUUUAAAAAAUAAAAUCAGGAAGUUAAUUUAUAGUAGCCAUUGUUUUAGAAUAAUUAAAGUAUUUAACAUUAAAAUAAUUUAAUACCUAAGGUGAAUAUUAAUCAGGUUCCUAUUUUUUAAGAUAGAAGAGGAAGAACUCCAAAUUAAAAUGACAGAGUUUAAUAAAGAUAAGUAUUUUUAUCUCGUCCACCUUAAUGA